AUGAAAGAACCCCGGAUUUUCCCUAGAGAGCGGCCAACUCCUUGGACUCGUGCUCCGCUGCCACCUCGAGGACGGAUGGACAGUUCCCUGGGACCACAAGGGGGUCCUGCUUUAAACACAGGCCACCCGCUGGGUAUGAAUUCAGAUCCCUUCCUUAUGGCAACCGGCUCUCUUGGUGGAAAUUUGGCCCCAUUUCCAAGGAACCCGUCUCCUUUUCCAACUUCAUCAGGCUCAUUGGCUUCAAAUCCAGCACCUUUCCCUGCUGGUGCUCGUGACCCAAGCAUGGCUUCUUUUCCAAGAGGGAUGAAUCCCACUGGCACAGGGAUACAUUGGCCUGCAGGUUCCAAUUCAUAUGCGGUCCCCUGCUCACCACUGGAGAAUCAGCUCACUGCUGUCUAGAAAUGUUGCGUUGGUGAGCGGACCAUGCUUCAGCAGCACUGACCUGGUCACCCUCUACUGCCAUACCUUCCCCUGGGGGCUGGAACACAAAACAGGGAAGUGCAACCACUUCAGAGAGCCACCAAAUUUCUGCUUGCCUGACCGGGCCUGCAGCUCCCUUCUCCUGGGACUUACUUAGAGGAAGCCAGGAUCAAGGCUCCACUGCUCAUCCCACUCCCUCUCCACUGGUACUCCCAAUCAAAGAACCUCAAAAUUAAACUGAUGUGGAUGGGGUUAUGGGAAUUGGG